AUGUCUAAACCUAGUUUAUCCGAAACUAAACUUCUAGAUGAUGCCCAAAAUGCGCAAAGGAUUUUGUUUCAUCUGGCUACUAAUUCCACCCGCCCCCAAAUACGCAAUGCUGCAAGGACGGCCGGGUCGCGUGCAUUGGGCCGAGCAGACUUGAUCAAGAACGCAAAACAGGGAGCUGAGAAGAGUGCAGCGAGAUCCACUCUCGAAGAGGAGCAACUGCACAUAUUGAAGCGCUCUUCGCGUGUGAAUGGUAUCAACUUACCCGCUUGGCCAUCCAGCAUUGGCCAAAGCUUUGGCAGCGAUGACCAAUCUAGGUCUAUUUUCAUUGAUACGGAUGGCGCGCCGCAACUCUCUCCAGCCCAUAGUGCAGCCUUGGCAGGAUGGAACGCCCCUUGGCCGAAUUACCUAUGGUCGACCUUGAAACCCCCGAUGAAAUCGUGCAAGAUGUCGUAUCCGAUUGCUCGGUAA